GGAGGCAUUUGGGAUCAAACCAUCCAUUCUGUGACCUCAGAGAGGCCUGAGGACACAUCCAGACUUCGGUGGGGACCUGGGUGGGUGCCGUGGGAAGAUGCUGCCAGGCUCCCCCGAGACCCCCGCUGACCCUCCUCUCUUGUCUCCUCAUGGCACCGUGGCUGCCUGGAUCCUGCAGAGCUCCCGACCGAGGAAGGGAAGUCCCUGUGGGAGCUGGUGCUGGAACAAUUUCAGGACCUCCUGGUGCGCAUCCUGCUGCUGGCCGCCCUGGUCUCCUUUGUCCUGGCCUGGUUCGAGGAGGGCGAGGAGACCACGACCGCCUUCGUGGAGCCCCUGGUCAUCAUGCUGAUCCUCGUGGCCAAUGCCAUCGUGGGCGUGUGGCAGGAACGCAACGCUGAGAGUGCAAUCGAAGCCCUGAAGGAGUACGAGCCUGACAUGGGCAAGGUGAUCCGCUCGGACCGCAGGAGCGUGCAGAGGAUCCGCGCCCGCGCCAUCGUCCCUGGGGACAUUGUAGAAGUGGCGGUGGGGGACAAGGUGCCCGCCGACCUCCGCCUCAUCGAGAUCAAGUCUACCACGCUGAGAGUGGACCAGUCCAUCCUGACGGGUGAAUCUGUGUCGGUGACCAAGCACACAGAGGCCAUCCCAGACCCCCGAGCUGUGAACCAGGACAAGAAGAACAUGCUGUUUUCUGGCACCAAUAUCGCAUCGGGCAAAGCAGUGGGUGUGGCAGUGGCCACGGGCCUGCACACGGAGCUGGGCAAGAUCCGGAGCCAGAUGGCGGCGGUGGAGCCCGAGCGGACGCCACUGCAGCGCAAGCUGGAUGAGUUUGGGCGGCAGCUGUCCCAUGCCAUCUCCGUGAUCUGCGUGGCCGUGUGGGUCAUCAACAUCGGCCACUUUGCUGACCCGGCCCACGGUGGCUCCUGGCUGCGCGGAGCUGUCUAUUACUUCAAGAUCGCCGUGGCCCUGGCCGUGGCCGCCAUCCCCGAGGGCCUCCCGGCUGUCAUCACUACGUGCCUGGCACUGGGCACGCGGCGCAUGGCACGCAAGAAUGCCAUCGUGCGAAGCCUGCCCUCCGUGGAGACCCUGGGCUGCACCUCAGUCAUCUGCUCUGACAAGACGGGCACGCUCACCACCAAUCAAAUGUCUGUCUGCCGGAUGUUCGUGGUAGCCGAGGCCGAAGCGGGCUCCUGCCUUUUGCACGAGUUCACCAUCUCGGGUACCACAUAUACCCCCGAGGGCGAAGUGAGACAGGGGGAGCGACAGGUGCGCUGCAGCCAGUUCGACGGGCUGGUUGAGCUGGCGACCAUCUGCGCCCUGUGCAACGACUCGGCGCUGGACUACAACGAGGCCAAGGGUGUGUAUGAGAAGGUGGGAGAGGCCACGGAGACGGCUCUGACUUGCCUGGUGGAGAAGAUGAACGUGUUCGACACCGACCUGCAGGCCCUGUCCCGGGUGGAGCGAGCUGGUGCCUGCAAUGCGGUCAUCAAGCAGCUGGUGCGGAAGGAGUUCACCCUGGAGUUCUCCCGAGACCGGAAGUCCAUGUCCGUGUACUGCACACCCACGCGCCCCCACGCUGCGGCCCAGAGCAGCAAGAUGUUUGUGAAGGGGGCUCCUGAGAGUGUGAUCGAGCGCUGUAGCUCGGUCCGAGUGGGCAGCCGCACAGCACCCCUGACCCCCACCUCCAGGGAGCAGAUCCUGGCAAAGAUCCGGGAUUGGGGCUCCGGCUCAGACACGCUGCGCUGCCUGGCGCUGGCCACCCGGGACGUGCCCCCAAGGAAGGAGGACAUGGAGCUGGACGACUGCAGCAAGUUUGCGCAGUACGAGACGGACCUGACCUUCGUGGGCUGCGUGGGCAUGCUGGACCCGCCGAGGCCUGAGGUGGCUGGUUGUAUUGCACGCUGCCGCCAGGCGGGCAUCCGUGUGGUCAUGAUCACCGGGGAUAACAAAGGCACUGCUGUGGCCAUCUGCCGCAGGCUUGGCAUCUUUGGGGACACGGAGGACGUGGCGGGCAAGGCCUACACGGGCCGCGAGUUUGAUGACCUCAGCCCCGAGCAGCAGCGCCACGCCUGCCGCACUGCCCGCUGCUUCGCCCGCGUGGAGCCCACACACAAGUCCCGCAUCGUGGAGAACCUGCAGUCCUUUAACGAGAUCACCGCCAUGACGGGUGAUGGCGUGAACGACGCUCCGGCCCUGAAGAAGGCAGAGAUCGGCAUCGCCAUGGGCUCGGGCACUGCUGUGGCCAAGUCAGCAGCAGAGAUGGUGCUGUCGGAUGACAACUUCGCCUCCAUCGUGGCUGCGGUGGAGGAGGGCCGGGCCAUCUACAGCAACAUGAAGCAGUUCAUCCGCUACCUCAUCUCCUCCAACGUUGGCGAGGUUGUCUGCAUCUUCCUCACGGCAAUUCUGGGACUGCCCGAAGCCCUGAUCCCCGUGCAGCUGCUCUGGGUGAACCUGGUGACGGACGGCCUGCCUGCCACGGCGCUGGGCUUCAACCCACCAGACCUGGACAUCAUGGAGAAGCUGCCCCGGAACCCCCGAGAGGCCCUCAUCAGCGGCUGGCUCUUCUUCCGGUACCUGGCUAUUGGAGUGUACGUAGGCCUGGCCACGGUGGCUGCCGCCACCUGGUGGUUCCUGUGUGAUGCGGAGGGACCUCACGUCAACUUCUACCAGCUGAGGAACUUCCUGAAGUGCUCCGAGGACAACCCACUCUUUGCCGGCGUCGACUGUGAGGUGUUUGAGUCCCGCUUCCCCACCACCAUGGCCUUGUCCGUGCUUGUGACCAUUGAAAUGUGCAAUGCCCUCAACAGCGUCUCGGAGAACCAGUCACUGCUGCGGAUGCCACCCUGGAUGAACCCCUGGCUGCUGGCAGCCGUGGCCAUGUCCAUGGCCCUGCACUUCCUCAUCUUGCUCGUGCCGCCACUGCCCCUCGUUUUCCAGGUGACACCACUGAGUGGGCGCCAGUGGGUGGUGGUGCUGCAGAUCUCUCUUCCUGUCAUCCUGCUGGACGAGGCGCUCAAGUACCUGUCCCGGAAGCACGUGGGCGCAUCCUGGGGACAGUCUCGCAGGCCUGGAGUAGGCAGACACGACCACCUCUUGGACCCCAGAUCACACCGGAAGAAAAGAACCAGAAGUGAGUGCUGGGAACAGAGUGGAGUCUUCGGGGUGCAUCACAGACUGAUGGUGCCCAAGCAUUGGCCUCCGCCCCCACCCCUGCCACCACGCUCACCCACUUGCCCACUGGGCCCCACCGGAUAAACCACAGGCCUGAUGCCAGAACGGUCAUCUCCAGCCCCGUCCUGGGGUCUCCGUCCCCACUUCCUUCUGGCCUGCGGGCUCUGUAAUUCCUGUCCCUUGGACUCUCCUGGGAAGUUCCCUGCUCUGAUGCUGUAGCCCAGGAGCUGCAGGCUGGAGGCGGGGGCAGCCAGGAAGCCGGAGCUGGCAGCAGACCCAGAGAUCCAGGGCCCCUCCACCCCCAAAUCACAAGCCCGUCUGGAGCUUGCUCCCCCUCACUUAGCAGCUGGACGUUCACUUGGUGACUGGUGCCUCUGCACUGAUGAGGACUCCUGGGGGUCCUUCUUCCUGCUCUGACCUCUCCCUUGCGCCUGGUCUGGGGCCGGGUCAGCCAUGGGGCAUCAGGAGGGGCCAUCUGGGCCCAGCUGUGCACAGCGAGGGUGGGCAGUCCCCACCACUCUGCUUUGCUUCCACAAAGUCGGCUCCUGAGAGCUUGAGGCUGUUUCUGUUUAUGUGUGCAGGGACCGGGGGGUGAAGGGUCAGCAGAGACACAAGGACCCGGGAUGGGGGCGGAGCAAAGAUGCUGUUCCUGGGAGGCAGCCUGGAAGGACUGUCUCAGCCCCCCUCGCUUCCUGGACUCAGGGUUCCCUGUCCUGAGCACAUAAGACUUUUGGCGUCUCGCUGUCGCCCACUGUACCGCGCAGAGGUCAAACUCCGCACCCACGCCCCUGGCACCUGAGACCCCAGACAGCCUCAGGUCCCUGACCGAGGUGCCCUUCCACCCAGCCCACCGUCUGCACAGCUGGGGCCUCCGAGCCUGGUGGGCUCUCCUGGACUCUUGGCCUCACUCCUUGCCCUCUGCCCACGACAGCCCUGAGCCGAAAGAUAUCACUAAGGUUGGCUAAUUCCCCACGGGCACUUGCUCUCCCUCCCCCCCUCCCUCCUGGUGUAUUGCAUCAGGUCAGAUCACAGGAAGGUGCCAUUUGAUGGGCAGAAUUUUUCUCUUAAGUCGGCUUUUGCUACUUAGGCAAAAACUCGCUAGGUGCGGCAGGAAACAGUGUCAGGCACUGCCCUGAGCCUCGCCUGUCCUAGAGACAGUGCAAAGUGAUGAUUUUGUGUGUAAAUCAAGACUCACAACCCUUUCCUAGUCCCCAGAGCUGCUCAGCCUGCCUUGCAGACCAAUGGGCUCCGUGUUCUGUAGCCCCCCUUCCCACGCCUCCCCCCUCCUCUCUCUCACAGGUUCUGGGGGGCCAGUGAGAGAAACGCAGUGGGGGAGGCAGGGCGUCUGGUGCCUGCAGAGAGUCUCUGCUCCUUUCCUGGGGGGAGGUGAGGAGGUGCUAGCAGGAACAGGGCCCUGUACCCACCUGCUGACGUGCUGUUUGGUAGAGAAAUAAAGGUUGUGUGUCUGGGGCGAUGGA